GAUGAAGUUCAUAUUUGCUCACACUGAAGGCACAGACACUCAAUGCUGUUGGAUGUUCUGUUGCUCUACAUCUCUACUUUGAAGAACUUUCCCACCCAGAGUCUGAACACUUAAGAUAAAUAAUAGUAAUCAAGCUCACUACUUUGUCCUGUAGCUAGCUGGACACAGCAGAAGGACUGACUCCUGCAUUAUGGACAACAAGUCUGAUGUGAGGGCCAUUAUGGCUCGCUUUCAGGCAAACGGGUCAAGCAGCGAAGAUGUCCCCUCCACUGGACCAGGACGUAUCAAACAACCAGUCCAUGCCACUCUGUCAGGGCAGCCGCUGCACAUGAAAAAGCCUUUGUCAGACAGUGGUGCAACUAUUCCUCCAAAAUCCUCUUUUCUUAAAAACACUCCAUCUAAAAGUGACAUAGUGGUCCAAGAAGUAAACAAAACCAAAGCUCUGGCUAGUAUAUUCACAAACCCCCAGGAAGACACAAGUCCACCUUUCACCAAACAUAAGUUACCCUCAAAGUCAUCUUUUAUACAAAUGCCAGAGCCUAUAGCACCUCCGACCAAGCCCAGUAUGAUUGUUUCUAGGACAGAGCCCAAACCGGCCUUUCCUAAACCUGCUGUGAUCAGCACCAAACCAAACUGGAUCAAAGAGGACUCCACAUCUUCUCCACCACCCCCCGCACCCAAAAUACCUGCUGUACCACUCAAACCUAACAGCAACUUUGUCAAAUUACAGCAGCAAAGAGAGGCAAAUGUUCAGCACACAAAGGCAGAAGUGAUCACAGACCCUGUAAUAAAACCCACACUUCCUAUAAUCCCCGUUGCAAAGCCAACAUCCAACAUGAGGACUGCACAAACCCUUUUCAACAAAGAGCCAGCGGAGCAAGAGACCUGCAUGAAGCCAAGUGCAGUUAACAAACUGCCUCUAAGUAACUCCAUUCCCCCUCCCAAACCUCUCACCAGUAAGAAGCCUAGCCUGAAGAAGCCCUCCCCUCACAUAAACAAUAGUGACCCUUCAGGGCCAAAGAAGAACCCGCUCCCCAACAGCUUAGCUCUGGGCCCAGCUCCAGCUAAACCAAACCGACCUCCACAUGUCAAACUAGAUGUCUUUGAGGGAGGACUCAAGACACCUGCUGAUGAUCCAAAGAGGACCAUAUCCCCACCUCCACCCUCUCACCCUAGUAACCACAGCAACCAUGUGACCCCUCCUCCACCCCGUCUUCCAAGUCUGCACCCAAGACACACAGAAGCUGUAAAUCCAGCAGAAGAUGAUGUUGAUGGACUGACCAGUGCACCUCCACCACUGCCACCAGUUCAUCCAAGCCAGAUAUCAAAGGAGAAAGAUGAAGAUGAUGAUGAAGAAGAUGAGGAAAUGUAUGAGGAUCUUGAUGAGAGAUGGGAAGCAACUGAACAAAAACAAGAAAAGAAAAAAGUGAAAGAUAUCAAGGAAGAAAGAAAACGCUUAGAAGCUGAGAGAAAGGAACAGAAGGAGCGAGAGAAGAAAGAACAAGAGGCCAAGAAGAAAUUUAAGUUGGUGGGUCCAGUGGAGGUUUUACAGAAAGGCAAGGCUCGUGCGGACUUUAAAGGCAAUAAGACUGACCUCAGUCUGAAGCAGGGAGACUCACUGGACAUCAUCCGUAUCCAUGGCAACCCUGAGGGCAAGUGGUUGGGCCGCUCACUAGACGGAUCAAUUGGCUACGUAAAGAUAACAUCAGUGGAAAUUGACUUCAACUCUCUAAAGCAGCAAGGGGCUGGGCAGGCUGAUGAACCUGAGCUAUAUGAUGACAUUGAUGUGGCACCACCUGAGAAAAGUAAAACCAAAGGUCCUGAGGUGGUUUUCCCACCUCUUCCUGUGGAUGGAGAAGAGAUAUAUGAUGAUGUAGAUCCAAUCGUAGAUAUUAGUUCCUCAGAAGCACUGCAGUCUCCGAUGAAGCCACGUGUCUUCCAGUGGAUGCUUGAAAGGAGCAGAAGGGCUCCCAGCACUAAAGUAUUACCCCCACCGAGUCAGUUUUCAGGAGAUACAGAUCAAAAGGGUGGUGCCAUUGACGAAGAGAUUUAUGAUGAUGUGGACUCCCAAAAUAUCCCUCCCCCUUCACCCAUGAUAGGCAUACCAAAGGUAGAUCCAAAGAGGCAGAAAAGGUUAGAGAAAGAAGAGAAGGAAUUCAGAAAGAAGUUUAAGUAUGAAGGUGAGAUCACAGUACUGGAUCAGGUGACCAUCAUCCCAAAUCUAACCAACAAGAAGUGGAGUAGCAAAGAGCUGCCACUCAAAGCAGGGGAGAAACUCGAUGUCAUUGUGAAAGCAAUUGAUAACAAACUCAUCUGUAGAAAUGAAGAUGGCAAAUUUGGUUUUGUAUCAACCAGCUACAUUGUUACAGAUGAUGGAGAUAUCUAUGAUGAUAUUGGAGAUGACUGCAUCUAUGAUAAUGACUGAGGAAUUUAAAGUGUCAUUGGAACUGAUAUUCCAUAUAUUUAUUUCUUCUGCACUGAUACAUGUGGUACAGCAAUAUCUGAAAUUUUACAAAAGUUUGCAUAUUCAUAUAGGCCACAAAAAUGUAUUAUGUAGCAUUAUGGUAGAAAACAUAACAAUUGCAAAUGCAAUACAUUUUUAUGUAUG